CUUCUUCGUCCAACGCGCAAACAGAAAAAGAAAAAAAAAACCGAAGCACCAAAGAAAGGCUCAGCUUCUUCUCCUCCUCCUUCCUCGACCGCUCAAACCACCAACGCUGGCCUUUGCACUCCUCCUGCUCGGGUUCAUCUUCCCUGCAAAUCUUUGAGCUCUACGAGUGCCGGAUCGACUGGGUUGCGAGAUUUCCAUGAAAAAGGCGCGGUUUUGGGACGGUCCUCGUGAGCAGAGCCGACCGCGGUGGUUUCCCCAGGGGAGGGGUCUCGCUGGCGGCGGGGGGUUCUGAAUUUUUUUGCCCCGCUCUUCCCGUUGUUUUGGUUCGUGUUUUUAGCCCUCGGAUUGGUGCUGAGGGGGAUUUUGGAAGACAUGUCGAGGUUUUGCUGCUUCGGUGCUGGUUGCUCCGAGUUCUCGGGGCAUGCAUCAACCAGCUCUGGUAAAGGGAAAGGUAUUCAAGGCCAAGUGAAGGUAAGCUAUGGGUUUUACCUUGUAAGAGGGAUGACGAAUCAUCCAAUGGAGGACUAUCAUGUCGCGGAACUUGCAGAAGAGAAAGGAAACGAACUUGGUCUUUUCGCUAUUUUCGAUGGCCAUCUAGGAGAUACUGUUCCUGCAUACUUGCAGAAGAACUUAUUUGCAAACAUUUUGAAUGAGGAGGAGUUUUUGACACAACCAGAUAGAGCAAUCAUAAAAGCUUAUGAAAAGACAGACCAAGCAAUCCUGUCACAUACUCCAGAUUUGGGACAAGGUGGCUCCACUGCUGUAACAGCAAUUCUUUUGAAUGGCAGGAAGUUGUGGGUCGCAAAUGUUGGCGAUUCGCGAGCUGUUCUUUUGAAAGGUGGUAGGCCAAUACAGAUGUCGACUGACCAUGAUCCGAAUGUCGAGCGUAGUGCUAUUGAAAAUAGGGGUGGCUUUGUUUCAAACAUGCCAGGAGAUGUUCCCCGAGUCUGUGGUCAGUUGGCUGUCUCCAGAGCUUUUGGCGACAGGAAUCUAAAGUCACUAUUGAAGUCAGAGCCUGAUAUAAAAGUUGAAGAUAUAGAUUACACUGCUGAGCUUCUUGUCCUUGCGAGCGAUGGACUUUGGAAGGUAAUGAACAAUCAGGAGGUCGUUGAUGUGGCCAAAAGAUUCAAGGAUCCACAAGCAGCUGCCAAGCAAUUAACAGCUGAGGCAUUGAAAAGAGACAGUAAAGACGACAUAUCGUGCGUUGUUGUUCGGUUCAGGAUGUAAUUGGUUGCAGGCAACUCGUGAAGGUUUGGAUUGUCACCGAGGCGGAACUGAUUAUAGAGCAAAUCAUAGGUUGCCUGCGAAGUUAGUGGUGAUCCAAACAAAUAACUCACUGGGAUGUUGGUUGUAAAUGAUGUGUUGGCUCCAUUAUAUGUUCAUAUAUAAAUGCGCUAGAAGUAUUUGUUUGGCGAUUCAAAGGUACAUGUGUGAGGCUCAUAGCUGUCUAAAUAGCUAUUAUCUUCUGUAAAUAAUGGUUGCAGAUAUUUGGAAGUUCACCUUGCUUCAUUGUGUGAGUACCAUUUAGUUUGUACUGCUCCUCUUGCUUUGUAUUGAAUUGGUACUCAAACCACAUAUGUCUACAAAUGCGUUAAAAACAGCAAGAGGACGGCCGGUAUGCUUAAUAGCUUA